GGAUGGGCGGAAGAGACCCUUUUUUGGGUAGAUCCCACUCCCUGAAACGGCCGGGUCUUUGCGCGUUCAGGAACCAUUGAUAGACCCACUUCACGUGGCGAGCCCCGGUCGAGGUCCAGGUUCGGUGCACUAUAGAAUUGACCAUAUCCCUUUGGUGAGUGCGUCUGGGCUCUGAGGUUUCCAGCUUCUUCAAGGUCCAUGCGACAAGAAACCUCCACCGGAAAUCAUCAUCAUGGCAAUCCCCAAUCGUGGGCCUGAACUCAUCGGAGUCAACAUUGCUUUCCUGGCUACCGCCAUCAUUGCGAACGCGUUGCGAUGUAUCGUUCGAGUGAAGAUGGUUAAAGCGUUUGGCGUCGAUGACUGGGUUAUGGUCGCUUCAACAAUUUUCUUCAUUGGAUACGGUGCUUCCUCGACAAUAGGCGCACACUACGGUACAGGCCGUCAUCAUAUUGAUCUCGAAGACUGGCAGAUCGAGAAGGCACGAAAGUGCUGGUUCUACUGCUACCUCUUCUACUGUUGUUCUAUGAUCUUGUCCAAAAUCUCCAUCGGUUGCUUCUUGCUACGCAUCUCCGUCAAGCGCAUUCAUACCUGGAUCAUCUACUCUGCUAUGUUCGUGUCAACGUUUGCCUGCACGGCCUUCUUUUUCGUCACCCUCUUUCAAUGUAAGCCCGUCAACUACUUCUGGGCAAAAAGUAUGGAAGACGGAACUUGCAUCAACAACACCAUCAUCAUUGCUCUCGGGUUUGUCUACAGCAUCUUCAGCAUCAUUGCGGAUUUCACCUUCGCCUUACUCCCGGCUUUCCUGGUCUGGAAUCUGCAACUAAAGAGGCGUACAAAGAUUGCCUUAAUACCACUCCUUACUAUGGGCUGCGUUGCCAGCGCGGCCGUUAUUGCGCGUCUGCCUUUCCUUCCUAAGCUCAACUCUGCUGAUUUCCUCUGGGACACACUUGACGUUGCUAUUUGGUCCACCGUCGAACAGGGUCUCGCCAUUACUGCUGGUAGUCUCGCGACUCUUCGUCCCCUCUUCGCUCUGGUCAUGCAUCAAAUGGGAAUCUCAACGCGCCCAACACAACCUCGACCUUCCAAUUACGGACUGCAGACUCCCCCCGCUAGCCAGAUGCUCAACAGUCGUCGUAAAGGGAGCAAAAACGACCUCGACAUGUACAGAGGAACGACUGUCGAGGAGACACGAACAUCAGAUGAAUCUAUGGUCAAGCACGCGUCAUUCCCCAGAUCGCCAAACUGGUUCAAUGGCAAUGGGCCGCAACCAAGCAUGACGAAGAGCCAAGUGCGGUCGGAUAACGAGAGCGAAAGGAGCCUUAGGGUCAAGAGCUCGCGGAACAGCAGCGAAGAUCAGAUGCACAUUAUGGUAUCAAAAACAUUCUGGGUCGACGAGGAGAGGGCUUCAAUGGCAUCUCGAGGGCAAGGAGGGUUUAUCUAAUGAGUACAGCAAUGUUCCGCGAUUAUGACAUAAUACUAUACCCCAUUUCUAAUGUUAUAACAUCAAUUGAGCAUAUCCUCUGCACGUGAGCAAGCGUGUUCACACUCCCAAGCUUCUCUUCUGUACCUAGGUACCCAUCACCUUCCUGGGUCGCACGCGCUGAUCAUGAUUCCUCCCUUCGGGUCUUCAACCCCUGGCCAAGACAAAUCGACCUUGGUUAUAACCAAGAACCUGGUGUAUAUCAAGCACGCCGCCAGCACAAUUGUCCCGAUGCAGAAGUGCGUUAAAGUAGUAGAUUGUGUUGAUCAAUUCACCUCC